CGCCCUCGGACGGUGGAGAGAGCUUGCUUUUUCCCUCUGGCUCUCCCUUUGGCUGCUGUGGAAGAGCAGGCAGAGGCUGUGGACUUGCUUUUUGUGCUUGGCAAAAGUGCAGCUAGAAGACAGGGAUUCCCGGCUGGGAGGAGGGAGGAGAGCUGAAGAUCCCGCCUGGGCUGGCUGAGCUGAGCAGCCCAAGUGGGAAGCUGAGUGCUUGAGAGAGGAUUAUGCUCGCACUAGAAAUAAGCAGUAAGUGAGCGAAUACCAUUAUGGCUUAGGAAAGGAUUAAUCCCCCCGGGGUUGUGGGGUGAACUAGAAAAUAGUGCUUAAUUCUGGAGUGGAACUGUCAGGCUCCGGCUUUAUGUACUGUUGUGUGCUAUUUGGAGACCAGAGGUUUAAGUACAAAACCAGAGCUCUAAAUGCCUCAUCCCACUCUUGGAAAAUGCCAACUUCUGUUUAGCUUAGUUGGGGGACAUAAUUCCCUUCCCUGAGCUAGCCUCUCCCCAGGAAAAUUUACCGCUAAAUUAUAUAAGGAGUUGAGAUUGGAGAGGCAGAAUUUGGUAUUUGCAGAAAUUGCAGUUUUGAAUGAUGUUCUCUGAGCACUGAUAUUCUGUCUACUGGCAGUGGUUGUCAAGAAAGCUUAGGGUAGGGCAUUAAAAAGGGGAAAUCCAGAGCUUUUAUGAUGAGGAGGGUGAAGAGCCCAUAUGCAUACAAGUAAAUAUAAAAACUAUAUAAUUUAAAAUAGAUGGAUUUUUUAAAACAUUAAAUGGGAACAACAGUGGAGGAGCAUCGAAGUGCAUAGAUAAAAAUUAGUUAGAAAAAGAAAUUUUCAGUGACUUUUUUGUGUGAGCCAAAAAUUUCACAAUGUUUAUAAAGUCAAGACAAUGAUUCAGGAAUACUUCAAUUAUUGUUGUACAUUAUUAAUGCUGUUGCUGGGCAAGAUCUGUGGUUCUCUGGUCAGCAAGUUCUGGCAAGGAAGCCACUGCCAUUGGCACAAAGAAUUCUGGGAUGUCUGACAGUGAAAUGGAUGGAAGGACCCACAUUCCCUCUCUACUUAAUGUCCUUUUGUCCAGAAACCGGGUCAUGCAAAUGAGCUACUUGAAAAGUAAAGAACAAGGAUAUGGAAAACUAAGCAGUGAUGAAGACCUCGAAAUAAUUGUUGAUCAGAAGCAGGUAGUAGGUGUAACCUUGAAGAAAAAGUGGCACUGUCUUCAAAAAAGUGACCUGACCCUGGCUUUGGGAAAAGGCUCUAGGGCGGCAGAUAAGGCUGUUGCCAUGGUGAUGAAGGAGAUACCGAGGGAGGAGUCUGCAGAAGAAAAGCCCCUCCUUACUAUGACAUCACAGCUGGUGAAUGAGCAACAAGAAAGCAGACCCCUCCUGAGUCCCUCCAUCGAUGACUUUCUCUGUGAAACCAAAUCGGAAGCAAUAGCAAGGCCAGUAACAUCCAACACAGCUGUAUUGACCACUGGCUUAGAUCUCCUCGACCUGAGUGAACCAGUCUCUCAGACCCAAACCAAAGCCAAGAAGUCAGAGCCCUCAUCAAAAACCUCAUCCCUCAAGAAGAAGGCUGACGUAUCUGACCUCAUCGGCACAGAUGCUGAGCAGAGAGGCCAACCUCUCAGAGCCCCGGAGACUUCAUCCUUAGAUCUAGACAUUCAAACACAGCUGGAAAAGUGGGAUGAUGUGAAGUUUCACGGAGAUCGAAACAGCAAGGGGCAUCCAAUGGCAGAGAGAAAAUCAUGCUCAUCUAGAACUGGAUCAAAAGAGCUCUUAUGGUCCUCAGAGCACAGAUCUCAACCAGAACUGAGUGGUGGGAAAAGCGCCCUCAACUCUGAGUCGACUUCAGAGUUGGAAUUAGUGGCUCCAGCUCAGGCUCGACUCACCAAAGAGCAUCGCUGGGGAAGCGCACUACUCUCUAGAAACCACUCCUUAGAAGAAGAAUUUGAAAGGGCGAAAGCAGCGGUGGAGUCAGAUACAGAGUUUUGGGAUAAGAUGCAAGCAGAAUGGGAAGAAAUGGCGCGGAGGAACUGGAUAUCUGAGAACCAAGAAGCUCAGAACCAAGUAACCAUCUCGGCUAGUGAGAAGGGAUAUUACUUUCACACUGAAAACCCCUUCAAGGACUGGCCUGGAGCAUUUGAAGAAGGCUUAAAAAGGCUGAAGGAAGGGGACCUGCCAGUCACCAUCCUGUUCAUGGAAGCAGCAAUUCUUCAGGACCCUGGCGACGCAGAGGCAUGGCAGUUCCUGGGGAUAACCCAGGCAGAGAAUGAAAAUGAACAAGCAGCGAUUGUCGCCCUCCAGAGGUGCUUAGAAUUGCAGCCCAACAACUUAAAAGCACUGAUGGCUUUGGCCGUGAGUUAUACUAACACUGGCCAUCAGCAGGAUGCCUGUGAAGCUUUGAAGAAUUGGAUUAAGCAAAAUCCAAAGUACAAGUACCUUGUGAAGAGCAAAAAGGGAUCUCCAGGCCUCACCCGGCGGAUGUCUAAGUCCCCAGUUGAUAGCUCUGUUCUGGAAGGAGUGAAGGAAUUGUAUCUGGAAGCUGCCCACCAAAAUGGAGAUAUGAUCGACCCAGACCUACAGACAGGGCUAGGGGUCCUGUUCCACCUGAGUGGAGAAUUUAACAGAGCAAUAGAUGCAUUUAACGCUGCCUUAACUGUUCGGCCAGAGGACUAUUCACUAUGGAACCGUCUCGGGGCGACCUUGGCCAACGGAGACCGCAGCGAGGAAGCCGUGGAGGCCUACACCCGCGCACUGGAGAUCCAGCCGGGCUUCAUCCGGUCCAGAUACAACCUGGGGAUCAGCUGCAUCAACCUGGGCGCCUACAGAGAAGCGGUCAGCAAUUUUCUCACUGCCCUCAGUUUGCAAAGAAAGAGCAGGAAUCAACAGCAAGUUCCUCAUCCUGCGAUCUCUGGGAAUAUCUGGGCUGCCCUCAGAAUUGCACUCUCUCUGAUGGACCAACCAGAACUCUUCCAGGCGGCUAAUCUUGGUGACCUGGAUGUCCUCUUAAGAGCUUUCAACUUGGAUCCUUGAAGAAAGAAUAAUACCAGUACUAAUAAUCUCUGAUCUGUGUAAUUGUACUGAAAAAUGAAAAACUUUUAUUAUGAAUUUCAAAAGGAUAAAUCAAAUAUUCGAAAGGCCAUGGUCAUAUAGCCCAAGGAAAUUAAUACCUACAGACAAUGCCCAGUCUCUGUUCAGAUCCAAAAGCACAAAAUGUUGUCUAUAGCGUCAAGGUCACGGUCCAAAGAAGAACUGACAGACUCAAGACAAACUGAGAUGAAGAAACUGUGUGUGGAAUACCCUGCACAAGUUGCAAGCAUACUGCGACGGGUUCUUUGGGUUUCUGUCUCCACUUGCAGCUGAUGCUACAUCUGAGGCGCUUGUUCAUGGAAACCUGGAGAGGGCACUGCUUCAGACUGGGACAGCCUGGCUGUUUCUGAACUGUCUCCUGUUGCAAGGCUGAGCAUAGCUGGGGCCACUGGUGCAUGCACAUAGGUUAACUCGUGACUAAAGACAGGCAUUGCUUCAACCUGUUCCAAUUUUAACUUUCACUGUAGCCCUUGAUUCCAGAGAGGGAGCUUUGCUGGCAAAAGCCAUUUUUGCACUAGAAAUUUUUGCUGUUCCCAAUCUAAACUUUUCCGGGAUUGUAUAUAUGCACUUUAAUAUCUUAUUUAUGCCUUGCUGGAGUUUUGUUUCGUUGCUCCAAUUUUUAACUUGGGGGUGGAAGAUUUGAGAACUCAGCCUCAUUAGAUCAACGGACCAAAUAAACAAUUCCUGAAAAUAGUUUUUCGAAGUGUAGGGUUUUGAAGGAGUGUUUUUCUUAAAGCAGACAUGAGGACAUAGGUGUAGAUAUGGCAAACAGAUCUUUCCAUUCACAUGCUUUCUGGGACUGUUCCAACAGAAGUAAGACACAGGUACUGUCUCUCCGUGCAUUCUCUGCAGGGAGAAAGUGCUGAUCUCGGGAUUUCUAUUGAGUUCAGUUUAACUUGCCUAAGUGUCAUAUUUUACUGGCUUUAUAACUGCCCUGCACACCAAUAUUCCUUUUAAACCAUAAAUAUUUUAAAUAAUAUUUAUUAAGAGUGAUAAAUAACAUUUUUUCCUUAAAAUUAUGUGUUCUUAGUUUCAUAAUAACCUGGACUGUUUAACCCCUUGCAUUCUAAGUGACAGAAGAGCAACAUCUUCAAACCGAAUCUCACUGGAUGCUGAUGAUUUGAUAUGAAAGAGCAUGCUCUUAAAGAAUAAGGAACAUUGUUUGCAAAAUGCUAAUGGAAAUACAAUGUUACCAACGUCAGGUCUGGAAAGUUAGCCCAUUCUGCUUGACCUCCUCUCCUCGCUUUGUCUAGAACCUUUCCCAAAGUAGUCUGAUCCUAACUUUGUCUUUAUGUUCUUUCAUGAGCAAUAGCUCAUUCCGCUCAUGAUUAUAGUUGCCCACUGAAAAACAAAACAACAGCAACAAAAACUCCACAGAAUUGGGGUCAAAACAGUCUAACUGCCUGAGUAAUUAGCUUCUCCAGAGGGGCAGAUGUGCACACACGCGUAUAAAUGGAAUGCUAGGUGCAGGAAUAAAUCCUCUCCUCUGUUACAUCUGAAGUCCCUGGGUUGUGAGGGGGCCUCAGCUGAACAGAAACCACAGAUCCUGGAGGCUUACGUAUGUUAUAACCUAUUCUAGUUUAUAAAGACAAAGCGUGGAGGGCACUGUGGGAACGCCGGGUUUUGAUACUCAUUGUCAAAGCUCACUUGAGCAGCCCCAGCCGGUCAGCAGAAGGCAGAGGCAUUCAGGCAUUCUCAGCGGCCACAGCGACCAUCCAGUCUCAGCCCAUGCUUCUCUGCCAUCUCAGCAGCAAAGUGAAGCUCAACAUUAUUUUCAAGCAUGGCAUCUGAGAGUUGUAGAAUUUGAGAAACAGUCCGGUAAGGACUCUUGGAGACAGCCUCCAAGCCACGGCAGGGGCUGCUUGACUAUGCCUGAUGGAAAAUAUGCCCGAUGGAAGAGCAUCCUCCCCCACUGCUCCUUCCUCCGACCAUCUCCAUACUUGGACCAGCAAGUCGGCUUCAAUAGUCCAUGAGGAUCCUCUGAACAAAGGAUUCGAAGCAAACUCUGCAAGCAUUCUGUCCGUGAUGUCGUUCUAUAUUUGGAGCAGCAACUGAAUUUGCAGCCUGAAUUUAAAGGCUGAAACUAGUAUAAAUGUCAAAUAAUUUGUUGCUAAAUGGUGGCAAAUUCUGUGGCCCAGGUUUUGUUUUGCUAUUGGAACACAAACUCCAAGGAGCUGUUUUAGGGAAGACUGGACAAUCUUCUGUUCUCACCGUCAUUUGGCAAUUUGCAGAGCAUUUUACUAGGACUUUCUCCAGUAUAUCUAGUACCCGUCAGAUCUAAGAUAUUUAUAGGCUGUCAAGAAGUCCAGAAUUACGGCCCAAGAGGAAAAUAGUUGCAUUUUUCAAUAAUAUCUUUUAUAAAAUUAAGUAAAAACCAUUAUUUAAAAAUGAGCGACAGUUUAUAGGAUUAGAGCACCACCUAUAAAAUAAGUAACAAGACUUUAAAACGUCUUUUUUGUAUAAAUCAUAUAAAUGUUUGGUUUUUUAAAAGGGCAUCUACUUCAUUUUUUGGCAGAACUAUUUUUGGCAUGUCAUAAGAUUGUCAUUUAAAUUACUCUUUCCAUUUGAAAGGGGAGGGCAUCCUUAUUUCCCUUUUGAGGUACUCUGAGAAGGCUUUGCAUCUCCUUUCUCAUAUAUUAAGGUACAACAGCCUGACAGCUCCUAGAAGAUGAUUUUUUGCUAGAAUGGCCACUCAGUUACAUAGAAGUGACUUUCAGGGGCUGACUUUGCCUGUAAAUUGGAUGAAAAUAUAGAGAAAGCCAGUGAUCACUGCUGAGUUUCAAAACAUGUUAUAACCAUUUCUAGUAGGCGACUUCUACGGGCUGUUGUACCUUCCUGGUGAGGAGAAGGCGGAGGGAUGGGGAGAGGAGGAGGAAUAAAGAUCCUCUUACUGGGCCAGUCACACUGAUUCGUUCCCUUCACUUCCUCCAGAACUCACUCCCCAUGACUCCUGAAAACCGGGCAGAUCUUGUCCACCAAGAAACUUUAAUAGAAAACGAUGAACUGUGCUUUCCCAGCCAAUCCGGAUUCUACUAGAACAGAAAAGCAUGGAAACGUAACUGGGCAGGAACGUCCACUUACGUUUCACACACUCACUCUCAGAGUUUCAUGCCACUUCCCUCGUUCUUCUAGGAGAACUAUUAUAUUGAAUCAUGGGCCCCACGUCUAAAUACUUGUAGAGAUAAAUAUUUCUGGGAUAUUCUUGCCAUACAAGCGAGACUAGAGGCCGUGCAGUUGCAGCUAGUCCCACUUAUCAUAAGAGCUUCCAAACUCUUUAUCACAAACUUUGUGAGCUUGGGAAUAUAGAGAAAGCAAGUUGAUCAUGCUGAGACCUUUCCUCAUUUGCCCCUGAAUCUGUUCGCCAAGGUUGGACUGGACUUUAAGUUAGCUGUUCUGGCAGUGGCGGUGGUGGUUUCAUAUCUUGAGAUACUUCAAGAACAUUCUAGAAACAGGGUAUUCUAAAGGCUUACUGUAGAUGCCAUCCUUUUUGAACCUUCUUAUUUUAGAAAUGGUUACACAUGCACACUUAUGAUUUCAACAUUGUAAAAUAAUUCAUUUACUAUCCACAUUUUAUUCUCGUUUCCCUGUCAUCUCAGUAGUUAUAGAACUGGCUGAAAUUAAACUGUUUUGAACUAAGAAGUAGAUACAUAUAUAUAUUUUUAAAGAGUGUUCAUAGACAAAUUCUGGCAUAAAGGUUGUAAAAAAGCAAUUUUUUAAAAGUAAAACAUAUAACCUCAGGUACAAAAAUAAUGCAUGCAUUAGUACUUGCAAAUCUGCCUACUCAAAUAUUAACCAAAGCAUGCAAGAUAACUUGACUGAAUGUAAAUUGACACAGUGCAUGACUGUCUCAUAGGUUACCUUACUGCUCCUUGCCUCUACACAAGGGAGCAUUUUUGUGGACUGUUUGCUUUUCUUACCCUACCCUUGAGAUUGUUUUUGUGCUGUCACACUGAACUUGGCAGAUAUUCACACAUCUGGUUUGUACAGGGUUCCCAGUGCCAAACUAAUCCUCUGAAGAACCUGGGUACUUAGACGUCUAAACAUUUUUUGAAAAACCAGUUGAGCCACAACAGAUCCAAAACCUAAACAAAUCCAAGUGUCUGGAUGCUGUUAAACUAAAUCAUGUUGACUGUCUCAGUAUAUAAAGAUUUGGACUCUAAAUUGUUAAUAAUGCAUUUCAAAAUUUUCCUGAAAGUUUAGGAAUACAUUAGAAAAACUGAUAUUCUAAAUAAGGUGAGGAGGCUGGGGUAAUGUCAGUCACACCAAAAUCAUCACACAGCCAGGUAGAUAUAGGGCCUUAAUUUCCGCAAAUGUCACAUCGUGAGUGUGUGAGGUGUCACGACAUUGUUCUGAUGCAGCCCUAUUUGUAUUGGGAGUUGAGCUGCUUGGGCUAAAUGUCCCACGAGAAAUUGGACUUGAUCACCAGGUCUAGAAACAUGAUAUUUAGGGAGUGAUGAGGUGAUUUCAUGGCCACUCACAACCAGCUCUGAAAUCCUCUUACUGCCUUCUCCUGUAACCCCUAUUUUAUGAGGAGACCAGAAAGGGAGAGAGCAAAGCUCAGUGAGCCCAUAGGGUCUUACAUUAGAAACAGCCCUGUUCCUCACUCCAUACACCCCGGUACCCUCACACACAUACCAUGAGCUCAAAGACAGAAUUCUACACAUUCACAGGGAGCAAAGAUCAUUGUGUGGAGGCAUUAAACAGUUAAAAGAAAAAACAAACUUAAACCGCGAGGUUUAACCACCUCUCACGUGGCGUUUUGCCUUGAAUGAAGUUUCCACUCCCUGCACCCUCUGCAGAAAUACCAAAAUAACACAGUCCAGAGACAAGAGUGCCAGUCUCAGAACUGUUUUCUGAGGACCUUCUCUGCAAGAGAAAACUAACUUGCAAUGCUGCAGAAUGUCACAGCAAAACCUGAUGAGCAACAUGGGAUACUUUCAGAAGCCUGCACUUCAAAUAAUAUUCAGAUGGAAACAACAAUUAUUAGGCAGGUCUUUGCUCAACUGUAAAAUGUGUAUCAUCCUUUAGGGGAGUGGUGGUGGUCUUUGAAUUUCUUGGAAAGGGAAAUGGUGUCACACAAAAAGACUAAGAGGUACACACACCCGACGAGGGAAUGUGAGCGUUUGGCAUUUUCACUGAGAUGUAGAACGUUUUUUGCAUGGAUACCACACAAGAACUCUGCCACGUGAAAAAUGUGUCCACGAUGGACUACAUUACCAGUAGUUAAAGGAAACAGCAAACCUAAGAUUUUGCCAACAUCCUUCAUUUUCCUCAUAUAUCAUCUAACCUGAACUUUCUUCAAUUCACAUUGCCCAAAUUUGUUUACAUCGGCUGAAAAAAAACCCCAUUAUUAAACUUUUUACAAACUGUAACAAACAUUUAACUAUUUAGAAAAGACAUUUCUAUAUAUUUUGUAUGAAUAUUACUUAUCUAAAAAUGUUUUCAGACAAAUUCUUCUGUGAUGCAUCCUCAUCAUGCUCGCAAAUGUUUAACAUCUUGGGAUUUCAUUUUCAAGCUGAAAUAGAUAACAAAAAAUUAAGUUUAAAUGUUUACAUUGAGUUAUUAAAUUAAUACCAAUUCAAAUUAAGUGACCUAUAGUAAAUUAAUGGCAAUGGGGGGGUGGAUUUUAAAGUUAUUGGCAUAUUAUGUGAUACUGUAUCUGUGAUUUAGUGAAAUAACAUGUAUCAUAGCACAACUCUGUUGGGUAUUAAGGCUUCAUCUUAGUAUUUCCCUGCAUUGCUCUUUGAAAUAAAAUUACCAUAAAAAUAACUUCAUCAUAUCGAUGUGUUUACUCAGUUGGCUUCUAAUUUGCAUACCAAGAUUAAGGUAGUAUUUUUGCACUAUGAUUGGAAGCAUGCCUUCCCUUUUCACAUUAUUAAAUUGUAUUCAUAUUUGUGCAGUUUUAAACUAUGGUUUCAAAUAAACUUUGCAGCUUCAAGGUCUUUUCAGGAAUCUUUCAAAAUGGGAUUUGGGGAUCAGAAUUGCUUCUGAUCAAAUGGAAUCCAAUUUGUACUACUGGCUAAAGGUCCUUUUAUUGAAUGUCACUACAUAUGAUUUUGCAUGAGUUAUCUGGAAAUCAGGAAUGCAUUUUUGGAUAUACAACAAAACUUUAAAAAUCUUCCUCCUUUGUUAAUUUUUUAAGACUAAAAUAUUAUCUAACCUGAAAUUGAAUUUUGUGAUUCUUUUAGAAUAAAAAUAUUAAAAUAAAUUUCA